AUGCGGGUUUUGUUUGGAAAGGCAAAGCCAUUUUUGGGUGUGAUUUUCUUGCAAGCCGGUUUUGCCGGAAUGGACAUAAUUUCGAAAGCUGCAUUGAACGAAGGAAUGAGCAAUUACGUUUUCGUCGUUUAUAGGCAUUUGGUGGCCACGAUCGUUAUAGCUCCUUUCGCUUUCGCGCUCGACAAGAAAAUCAGGCCAAAGAUGACUGUGUCUAUAUUUGUCAAGAUCAUGGUUAUGAGUCUAUUGGAGCCAGUGAUAGACCAAAAUCUCUACUUUCUGGGUAUGAAGUACACAACGGCAACGUUUGCGGCGGCCAUGGCCAACGUUCUUCCCGCCAUUACUUUCGUAAUAGCGUGUUUCUUCAGGCUUGAGAAAGUAAAGAUAACUAGCAUACGCAGCCAGGCCAAGAUAAUUGGGACACUUGCCACGGUGGCAGGGGCCAUGAUCAUGACAUUAGUAAGUGGCCCAAAUUUGGGCCUUCCAUGGACCAAACAAGGCCCGGCCCACGAUCAACACCAUCAAACCCAAGUUACUCUCCAAGACUCCAUCAAGGGCGCGGUCAUGAUAAUUGUCGGAUGCCUGAGUUGGGCCUGUUUCAUGAUCUUGCAGGCAGUCACAUUACGAACAUAUCCAGCCGAGCUAUCUCUAACUGCAUGGAUUUGUUUACUAGGAACUGUAGAGGGCGCGGCCGUGGCCCUUGUCGCCGAGAAUCGGAAUCCGGCGGCUUGGGCCAUAAAGUGGGACACCAAGUUUCUUGCAGCUGCCUAUAGUGGUGUGUUUUGUUCGGGCAUCGCAUAUUACGUGCAAGGCGUGGUAAUGAAAGAGAGAGGCCCGGUUUUCGUGACUGCAUUUAGUCCAUUGAGCAUGGUUAUUGUCGCGAUUUUGAGCUCGUUUAUUCUGGCCGAGCAAAUGUACUUGGGAAGGGUUGUUGGUGCAAUUGUCAUAGUUAUGGGGCUUUAUUUUGUUGUUUGGGGCAAAAAGAAAGAAUAUGAAACCCCAAGGGUUGAAGAGCAAAAAAUACCAGUCAAGCAAGGCACAAUUAUGAGCAAUGGUGGGAGCCUUGUGGACUCAAAGUUGGAGCGCAUGGCCUUGAAGCUCGCGGCUAUUGCUGCUCGGAGAACUUUGGGUCUGAGAUUUCCUCGACAAGGGCUUGCUGUGAGGACGCAUGUAAAAUGCGACGGCGGUAGGGUCUGCUUUUGA